GCUGGAAUUUAUUUAAUAAGUUCUAAGGUUUUUCUAAACAAAAGGAAAACGAAAACUAGAUAAUAAUGAGAGCUUCGAUGUAUGAUUUCGACCACUCUUCUAUCUUGCAUAAAAAGAGUAAUCCAUGAUUAAAAAAUUUCAUUUGUCUACAAACGACUGAUAUGGGUCCUUAGACUUAAAAUGUACUUUCUUGUGUAUAGUAAAUUGAUUUUAAACAAAUAAAAGUGUGAUACCGUCCAUUUAUUGAUCAACAAUCAUACAGAUAGAUAUCAAUUAUAUGGUUUAAUGGAUACUUAAUACAUAUAAAGUAAUUGCAAUAAAGCGCUUUAUUAAUGUAGCAAAAAUCACAUACUUAAACAUGUUUAUUUUAAUUGUCUUGUGUAUGUGUAGGCUAAAUUAAUGAUCAAUUGUUUUCGCGUGUAUUUAAUAUUUCAAAACACGAAUGUAGAAUUCAUUCAUUUAUAUUUACUUUAGUUGUGAAUUUGGUAAAGAGAUCAAUAGAAAUGAAUGUGAUUUUAUUGAUAUUGUUGUUAUUGGGGUGUUGUUUUACAAUUCAAGGUAAAGACGCAUGUACUUGUACUCGUGAAUAUAAUCCAGUUUGUGGAACAGAUGGACAAACAUAUCCUAAUAAGUGUUGGCUGAAGUGUGAAGCACGUCGAAAGCGUGGACUAAAGAUGAAACAUAGAGGAGCUUGCGAUGGAACCAAUUCAUUCAUUUAUAUUCCCUUAGGUGUCAAUAUGAUCACGAGAUCAAUGGAAAUGAAGGUGGUUUUACUGGUAUUGUUGUUCUUAGGCUGCUGUUUUGAAUGUCAAGGCAACGAUCUGUGUAAUUGUCCUUCUAUCUGGAGUCCGGUCUGUGCUACAGAUGGAAUCACAUAUCCCAAUAUGUGCGUGUUGGAAUAUGAAACUCGUAAACACCCUAAAACAAAGUUAACUUCUUAUUACUUACACUUAACUUACUUUUUACUUAACGCUUAACUUGAAAUAAGAAAUGGAAAGGAUAUAGAAAAUAUGGAUGUUGCAUAAAUAGAAUUAGAAUUGGAACUGCUUGAAAUCAAAAAACUUUUGGGUGUUUUAUUCCCAUCAGCCAGU